AUGACUUCAAAAUUGACCUUAUCCUCAGAUCCUCUUGCCGAUUUUGGCAAUAACGCGUCUCACAGUAAGAAUCAGGGCCAAGGCCAGCAGUCGCGUGAGCUGGUCUUCAUCGAGAACCUCCGUGACCUAACACCCAUUGACGAGCCCUUGUUUGCCUUUGAGCGCAAGGCUCAGAGAAGCCCAAAGCAGUACUUAAAGCCCACUGAGCGACCAUUGAGCAAGAAGGUUGCCGACUGGCAGAAAGAAUUCUUCGGUCUCACUGAGGCCAAGUUCGAAGCUUCGCCCGAUGGAACCAAGCCAGAGAUCGAACCAGUCCGGCCUGGAGCGCCAGUCCUGGUUGCUCUUUUCUACCCAGCCAAAGAGACGAGAAGACCCGUGCAAGUCUACCUCGGCCGAAUCAAGAACCUCGCCAAGAUGGGCGAACAAACCAUGAUCUAUGUUCCUCCUGAGCUCUCCCAGACCGUCAAGGAGAUGCGAUCGGACAAGCAUUGGGUCGUCAUUGACGAGUACAAGACAGUUUGGGAUUUCCCAAACAAUGCCUAUCAGCUUGACAACUUCAAUCACAAGCAACGUCAGAUCUUCGCCCAGUUUGAUGGCUAUGACGUGAAUACGGGGAAAGAGAAUCAGUGGAAACCCAACCCGCAGUACAAUCGGGCUCACCUGUCCGCUGCUUUCAAUGCAAAGACCUUUAUCUCCUACGACGCGGUCAUGAGAAACCCCUUUGGCACAGACCGAUGGAUGUACGUCGAUGCCGGCUAUUGGGAUGAGGGUGGUCCUGUUGAUGCUCAAGGCAUCGUCUGGGGCGACGUGAUAAAAGAGACUCUCGACGAUGACAAGUUCGAUCGCUCUAUAAGCAUGUCCCGUGACACUGGUAUUGUCAUGGGAGAAUACAUGCAGAGCCUCGAGCAUGGAGGAAUCAAGGACAUUAACCAUGCGUGCUGGAAGGAUCCGAAGAAAGCCUGGAUGUGUCACCAUUUCAUUGGCCAUUGUCAUGUCGGCAACUCGCUCGGAAUGCUAAACUACAGCGUCCGCUAUAUGCAGACUGUUGACGAUCUCGAUGCCAACGACCACUACUCCGCCCGUGAAGAGUUUGUCACGCCCUGGGUUGCCAUCCGAUACCCUAACAGCGUCUUUUCGAUUCCCUGGGUCCGCACCCCCGGUCUGCGCAUCAAGUGGGAGUACCCCAUGAAGUUGGCUUACACGACUUAUGGAGGCAAAGAGACGGUUCCGCCCAUUGUAGAUCCCAUCGAGACGCUUAUGUGCAACAAUUACCAACCCCGUCGACCGAACAUCCCCGGAGGAGGUCUCUAUAAAGAGACAUGGCGUCAGCGCGCACAGAUAACCUACAAGAAGAGAGUUUUUGCCUCGGGCUUUCGACAUUCCAUUAAAAGAGGAAUGGCGUUCCUGGGUAUGGCUCCUUUAUAG